AAACCCUAGCAAGUAGUCACUACUCUCUCUCCCUCCUCCCAAUUCCAUUCGCAAUCAUAUGCCUUUUCCCCUUCGUGGGUUUUGGAUUGAUUCGCAUCAAAUUCCGAUCGUCGAGUUUUGAUCCGAAUUGGAGCUCCGAUCGUCAGCUAUGGAUCUUCCUAGCGUCGCUGUGAUACUACAGGCUGCUCUCAGUACCAAUCCCGAUGAGCGCAACGCCGCCGAGCAGAGCCUCAAUCAGUUUCAGUAUACACCACAGCAUUUGGUGAGAAUGUUGCAAAUUAUAGUGGACAGCAAUUGUGACAUGGCUGUGCGGCAAGUUGGCAGCAUCCAUUUCAAGAAUUUCAUUGCAAAGAACUGGUCACCUCUUGAUCCUGAUGAGCAGCAGAAGAUAUCACAGAGUGAUAAAGACGUCGUGAGGGAUCACAUUUUAGUCUUUGUCACACAGGUUCCCCCAUUGUUAAGGGUACAGCUAGGUGAGUGCCUGAAGACAAUUAUUCAUGCUGAUUACCCUGAGCAGUGGCCACGCCUUUUAGACUGGGUGAAGCAUAACUUACAAGAUCAACAAGUCUAUGGAGCUUUGUUUGUUUUGCGGAUUCUCUCUAGAAAAUAUGAGUUCAAAACUGAUGAGGAGAGGACACCAGUUUAUCGCAUCGUUGAGGAGACAUUUCCACCUCUGCUUAAUAUAUUCAACAGGCUUGUCCAAAUACCCAACCCAUCACUUGAAGUAGCAGAUUUGAUCAAGCUUAUCUGUAAAAUUUUCUGGUCAUCCAUAUAUCUAGAGAUUCCAAAGCAACUAUUUGAUGGAAAUGUGUUCAAUGCUUGGAUGAUGCUUUUCUUAAACAUAUUGGAGAGACCUGUUCCUUCUGAAGGCCAGCCUUCAGAUCCCGAUCUUAGAAAAGCAUGGGGGUGGUGGAAAGUGAAGAAAUGGACUGUCCACAUUUUAAAUCGGCUGUACACUCGGUUUGGAGAUUUAAAAAUUCAACUGCCAGAAAACAAAGCAUUUGCUCAAAUGUUUCAGAGGAAUUAUGCAGGGAAGAUUCUGGAGUGUCACUUAAAUUUGUUGAAUGUGAUCCGAACUGGUGGCUACUUACCUGACAGAGUUAUCAAUCUCAUUCUUCAGUAUUUAAGCAAUAGUAUAUCAAAGAAUAGCAUGUAUAAUCUGCUGCAACCUCGACUUAAUGUUCUUCUUUUUGAGAUUGUUUUUCCCCUUAUGUGUUUCAAUGACAAUGAUCUAAGGCUUUGGGAUGAAGACCCGCAUGAAUAUGUGAGGAAGGGUUAUGAUAUCAUUGAAGACUUAUACAGUCCAAGGACGGCUUCCAUGGAUUUGGUGAGUGAGUUGGUUAGAAAACGUGGAAAGGAAAAUCUUCAUAAGUUCAUUCAAUUCAUUGUGGAAAUUUUUAAGAGGUAUGAUGAAGCACCAGUGGAAUAUAAGCCGUAUCGACAGAAAGAUGGUGCUCUUCUUGCUAUUGGAGCACUUUGCGACAAACUGAAACAAACCGAACCCUACAAGUCUGAACUUGAGCGUAUGUUGGUGCAACAUGUAUUCCCAGAGUUUAGCAGUCCUGUUGGUCAUCUUAGAGCUAAGGCAGCCUGGGUCGCGGGACAGUAUGCUCAUAUUAAAUUUUCGGAUUCGAACAAUUUCCGUAAAGCAUUGCAUAGUGUUGUUGCGGGGAUGCGAGACCCAGAACUUCCUGUUCGAGUAGACUCAGUUUUUGCAUUGCGCUCUUUCGUUGAAGCUUGCAGUGAUUUGAAUGAGAUCCGGCCAAUUCUUCCUCAGCUUCUUGAUGAGUUUUUCAAGCUCAUGAAUGAGGUUGAGAAUGAGGAUCUUGUCUUUACUCUGGAGACAAUAGUAGACAAGUUCGGGGAAGAAAUGGCACCUUAUGCUCUUGGUUUGUGCCAAAAUCUGGCAGCUGCAUUUUGGAGGUGUAUGAAUACAGCUGAAGCUGAUGAUGACGUUGAUGACCCUGGUGCUUUGGCAGCAGUUGGUUGUUUGCGUGCUAUUAGCACCAUUCUUGAAUCAGUGAGCCGGCUUCAUCACCUUUUUGUCCAAGUUGAACCGACUUUGCUUCCUAUAAUGCGCAGGAUGUUGACAACUGAUGGCCAAGAGGUUUUUGAAGAAGUGUUGGAAAUCGUAUCGUAUAUGACAUUUUUCUCUCCAACAAUAUCUUUGGAUAUGUGGAGUCUUUGGCCAUUAAUGAUGGACGCAUUGGCAGAAUGGGCUAUUGAUUUCUUCCCAAAUAUUCUGGUUCCUUUGGAUAACUACAUAUCCAGGGGGACUGCACAGUUCCUCGCUUGUAAAGAACCAGACUACCAGCAAAGCCUUUGGAAUAUGAUUGCAGCUAUCAUGUCAGAUAAAAAUAUGGAAGACAGUGAUAUUGAGCCUGCUCCAAAGCUCAUUCAAGUAGUUUUUCAGAACUGCAGAGGGCAGGUUGAUCAAUGGGUUGAACCAUAUCUUAGAAUUACAGUUGAGCGGUUACGCCGAUCAGAGAAGUCAUACUUGAAAUGUCUUCUCAUUGGAGUGAUUGCCGAUGCACUAUACUAUAAUGCAGCUUUGGCACUCAGCAUAUUGCAGAAGCUGGGUGUUGCAACAGAGAUCUUUAAUCUUUGGUUCCAGAUGCUGCAACAGAUCAAGAAAAGUGGUGUGCGUGCCAAUUUUAAGAGGGAACAUGAUAAAAAAGUAUGCUGUUUGGGUUUGACAUCAUUAAUGACACUCCCAGCUGAACAGUUGCCUGGGGAGGCGUUGGGCCGUGUUUUCAGGGCUGCCCUCGAUCUCCUGGUUGCGUACAAGGAGCAAGUUGCAGAAGCUGCAAAGGAGGAAGAACCAGAAGAUGACGAUGAAAUGGAUGGUUUCCAAACUGAUGAUGAUGAUGAAUAUGGUGAUGGAUCUGACAAGGAAAUGGGACUUGAUACCGAGGAUGGUGAUGAAGCUGAUAGCGUUAAACUUCAAAAGUUAGCUGCACAGUCAAAGUCUUUCCGGCCUAGUGAUGAGUAUGACUCAGACUCGGACGAAGAUUUCAGUGAUGAUGAGGAGUUACAGUCACCAAUUGAUGAUGUGGACCCUUUUAUCUAUUUUGUUGAUGCGGUCAAAGGCAUGCAAGCAUCGGAUCAGUUGAGGUUUCGGAGCCUUACGCAGACUCUGGACUUCCACUAUCAGGCUCUUGCAAAUGGUGUUGCACAGCAUGCUGAACAGAGGAGAGCAGAAAUUGAAAAAGAGAAGAUGGAGAAGGCAGCAGCUGCCACAGCUUCAUGAUUUUGCUUCACUCGUUGUGGCUUCAAUUUUGCCUUGCUCUUCUUUGCCUUUUCCCUUCAUGUAGUAAUGGGAAUAUAGAGAACGGUCCAUUCAGAGUAUUUGGUUGCUUUGGUGGUCACAGUUGUCGGUGAGCCCCAAGGACGUUUCAGUUUGAAGUACUUGGAGCGGUUGUCUGAUGAGUUGCAACAAUAUGCAAAAUUUUGGGGAACUCUGGAGCUGGCACAUCAAUUCUGGGUCUGGUUUUCAGUCAUUGUCUGGUGAGUCAGGUCAUUCUGUGGAAGGAUACGCCUUGAUCCGACUGUUUGUGUUGUCAUUUUUCCUAUUUUUGUUCUUGUUUUUCGUGUCCAAGAGUCUCCUGUGGUAUAGGCAUACCAUUUAUUCAGGUCGAGAUUCUCUUCUACAGGGUAUUGUUGAUUUGGAUCGCUUAGGUUUUCAUUGUGCAUACCAGCGAGGGUUCCUUUCACCCCGAGUGUAAUAUUUUUGUGUGGCCAUUAUAUGGGGGGUUAUUUGAUGGCUGUAUUGAUAAAUUUUUGUUAAGUCUGCAAUUUUCCCCCUUUCUUCUCAUCAUUUUUUGGUAUAUAGAGUAAAAAGAAAAUCAGUGGUGUCGAUUUAUUGGGUUGGGAGUUUUGACAUGAAUUCAGAGAGAGAGAGCUCCGAGGGUUGCUUUGCUGCUUAUUGUAGAAGUGUGAUGAACCUAUUUUUUAACAGAUUGGUUAAUUGGAAAUGGUGGAUUUCUAGUUA